AUGACGACAGAAGGAUAUAGCACAAAAGCCAUACAAGCAUUUGUCCGUAAAGAGGUCUUUACUCCCUGCACCCAAGCUUUUAAAGAACAAGGAUUAAAUAAGUCUCUUCAUUUUGAAGGAACUUUGGAGACUGGUGGAAUUGGUGUUUCUAUUCUGAAGCAAAAUACUGCUACAACUAGGAAGAAAAAGCUAACAGAAGAUAGCCCUGAAACUUCAAAAAAGGAAGGUGGACCAAGAAGUGACAAUGAUAAACUAGUGUGGUCAAGCAUAAGGAAGUUCUUGUUUUUUACAAAAAAUGACAGAUCAAAAAGAUCAAGACACUUUAGAACUUUACGAAAGUCAACUAAACCAUCCAUGGUUGAAUCCGCUGAAGCUCUUCUUUCCAAAACCCCGUCAUCCACUGUAGAUGUAGUCAAAUUUGUAGAUUACAUUAAGACAAGAUCAUCGGUGGAAAAUGUAUUAAACCAAAACUAUGGAAAUGAAACAAAAUCAUCCAAAGAUCUUUACUUCCCCGGCUCCUUGUUUGACUUUCGUGUGGAUGAGAAAAGCAACUUAUAUUUUGGACAUUUAUUCGUCUUAAAUAUUCGAGGCAUCGUUUCUUCUCCUGAUACUCGAACGCAAUCUCAACUGUACCAUACGUACUUGCAGCUAAUGUUGCAGCAACGACAUAUCUCAGAGAGAUUGGGCGAUGGAGUCAAAAAUACGGUGCUUGAACUUGCAGAGAAGAUGAUCGCGGAUGAAGAAGUCAAUCUGAAACAACAUAUCAGUGAAUUGUUGGAAAAACUUCAAGUUUUGCCAUUCUGA